GCCCGCCGCCCCGCCAUGGCGAUCGCAAGGCAAGUGCUUUGUCUCUCCGCUCUCCUCUCGCUGCCGCACGCUCGCUCCCAGCCUCUGCGCUACUCCGUAGCCGAGGAGGCGCCGAGCGGCUCGCUCGUAGCCGACGUGGCCGAGGACGCGGGGCUGUCCCCGGCGCAGCUCUCGGCUCGCCGCGCCCGCCUGGCCUCGGAGGACGGCCGGCAGCGCUUGCGCUUGGACCGCGCCACCGGCCGCCUCGUCGUGGCCGAGAGGCUCGACCGGGAGGAGCUGUGCGCCCAGGCGCCCGCCUGCACGCUGCCCUUCGAGCUGCUGCUGGCCGACCCGCUGCAGUUCCUGCGUAUCGAGGUGGCCGUGCGGGACAUCAACGACCACUCGCCCCGUUUCCCGGACGAGCAGGUCACGCUUAAGAUCCUGGAAACUAUUAACAGUCCCGGCUCGCGCUUCCCUGUGGAAGGGGCUCAGGACCUGGACAUUGGCAUCAACAGCGUCCAGGGUUAUAGCAUCUCUCCCGAGAACGAGUACUUUAGUGUCUCCUUUGGGAGUCAGAGUGACGAAGACAAAUAUGUGGAACUGGUCCUGGUAAAGGCUCUAGACAGGGAGCAUAAGGCAGAGAUGGAUUUCAGCCUCAUUGCUGUGGACGGGGGCUCUCCACCGAGGAGUGGGACAACGCAAAUUCACGUUGUCGUUCUAGAUGUAAAUGACAAUGCUCCCAUCUUCACCCAGAAGCUGUAUGUCGGUCAGGUUUUGGAAAACGCCCGAGAGGGCUCUGUCGUUCUGAGGGUGGUGGCAACUGAUCUGGACGCGGGAACUAAUGGGGACAUCUCCUAUCACUUCAGCCAAGAGGUGGGCCAGAGCGAAACAGCAUUUGCGAUUGACCCCAAGAGCGGUGAAAUUAAGCUCAUUAGGGCUCUGGACUUCGAGGAAGCUGAGAAAUGUGAGCUGAGUGUGCGGGCGACAGACGGUGGGGGACUCUCAGCAAUCUGCAAGGUGUUGGUGGAGAUUGUGGAUGUGAAUGACAAUGCACCAGAGCUGGUGGUGAGCUCCUUCAGCAGCUCCCUCCCUGAGAACGCAUUACCUGGGACGGUGGUUGCUUUCUUUAAUGUUAAGGAUCGUGAUUCUGGUGCUAAUGGGAAGAUCUCCUGUGCCCUUGAGGACCAGCUGUCAUUUUCCCUUCGGCCGGCCUAUAAGAAUUACUAUGAGCUGGUGACCAUGAGCACACUGGACCGGGAGGAGACAGCACAGUACAUCCUGAUUGUCAUAGCAACAGACGCAGGGUCACCUCCUCUCACCACUACACACACCUUCAAGGUGGAAAUCUCUGACGUCAACGACAAUGCACCUGUCUUCAACCAGACAUCAUACACCAUGUAUGUGUGUGAGAACAAUGUCCCCACUGUUCUUGUUGGAGUUGUCCAUGCCUCAGAUGCUGACAUAGGCCCCAAUGCCAAGGUGACCUAUUCCCUGGCACCAGAUCACCAUUCAGAGCAGCCUCCCAGCUCUCCCUGUGUCUCUGUGAACUCUGUGAAUGGGCACGUGUUUGUGCUGUGGCCUCUGGACUAUGAGCAACUGAAGAAGGUUGAGGUUCUGGUGAUCGCCUCUGAUGCAGGAUCUCCUCCCCUCAGUGCCAAUGUCACUGUCCACCUUGUUGUGGUGGAUGAGAAUGACAAUGCCCCACUGGUGCUGCACCCAGCCCAGGACAGCAGCCCAGCAUCCAGCGAGCUGGUGCCCAUGUCAGCUGAGGCGGGGUACCUGGUCACCAAAGUGGUGGCUGUUGAUGCUGAUUCUGGGCAGAACUCAUGGCUUUCAUACCACUUGCUGAAGGCCACUGACCCCGGGCUGUUUGUGGUGGGUGCCCAAAGUGGAGAGGUGCGUCUGAGGAGGCCAGUGACAGAGAGAGAUGCAGUGAAGCAGAAACUUGUCAUCCUGGUGCGGGACAACGGGCGGCCACCACUGUCAGCCACGGCAGCAUUGAGUGCACUCCUGCUGAAUGAUUUUUCGGAUGUGCGCCUGCCACAAAGUAGCCUGACCAUGGAGGUUGAGGACGACCCCCUGACAACCUAUUUAAUCAUUUCCUUGGUCUUUGUCUCACUGCUCUUUCUUGCAUCCAUGGCGGCCUUCAUUGCUUUCAAGGUGUGCAAGAGAAAGGAUCUGAAGGAUGGCCAUGUGAUUUAUGCUGCCAACAACUUGCCGAGCAGUCUGGCUGAUGCAGCCUCUGCAGGGACUCUGCCCCAUCCCUAUUGCUACGAGAUCAGCCUCACGACGGGCUCUGGCAACAGCGAGUUCGAGUUCCUGAAGCCCAUCCUGCCCAGCCUGCCACCACAGCGCUGUGCUGUGGCUGGGAUCACCGACAAUGAGCAGGUUUUCCCCCAUAACCCUCUCACCAUGGAGGAUGUGACACCAGAGAAUGCAGGGAUGCAGUUCAAUAGUCUUUCCUUUACAUAGGAUGGAGUCAGCACAGUCAGCAGCUUCAGGCCUAGUGACAGGAAGGGAUCCGUGGUUAUGUUUCCUGCACAGUUCAUCUGCCUUUGCAACUAGCAUCAUUUAUUUCCCUCAAAUUCAAACUCUCAAGAAAAGUUGUCUGCCCCUCCAAAAAAACAAAGGACACCAGCAGUCAGGUAACAAUAUUUCAGGCUUUUUUUUAUAGCCAUUUAUGACUGUUUCAGGAAUGUGUUUAAUUCCAGUACUCCCAGCCUAGUUCUUGUGUCACUUGCUGUUGUGCAAGGCCAUGAACCUCUUAUUCUGUCCUGUAACACAAUGUGAAGGUCGAGCUGACAAAACUAGACUUCACUGAAAUGCACGUAGCCAUCAUUUUGGUCAGGAAAUCAAGGGAGUUGUGAGUACUUUGUUACAACACGGUGCAUGCAUAGGGCUCUUCUUCUCUGGGUUCAGGAUGUCUCUGUUUGAGAUGUGUGGGCUGUGUGUGCCCAGGGAAGGAGGGGGUUGAUCCUAUCCAGCCAUUGUGGUGCACAGCAUUGCAUCUCAGCUCACAAGAUGGACAAUUUGAGCCUUUGAGUCCAGAAGCCUCCUCUUCUCUAGGGGAGAGCAGUGUUGGGCAUGAUAUCUUCCUUGGUCUGUUAAGAGUGGUGUGUCCUUUAAAUUUCCUUGGAAAUAUGCCAGCAUUCAUGAUUCUGGAAUGGGAUGGGACAAUUUUUAGUUGGAAGGGAACUGCAAAUAUCAUCUUAAUCCAACUGCUUGAACGUCCCUUGAAUGUUUUGAAACAUUCCCAUAUGUCCUGUUUUUGAUAUGAGAGGGAAGAGAUCCCAACCUCCCUCUCUCAGCCUCCUUUUCUCCCAGCUAGGCAAACACUGAGUCCUUAGGUGCUCCUCACAGAACAUUCCUUGCAGACCUGUCACCAGUCUUGUAGCUCCCUUCUGGAAGCAUUCCAGUAACUUAACAUCCUUCACAAAUGGUCGGGCCCAGAACUGCACACAGGACUCAAGGUGAGCCUGCACUGACGUAGAAAGCAGCAGGAUAAUCCCCUCUCUUGACUGCCUGGUUAUGCUGUGUUUAUGCUUCCCAGGAUGUGGUUUACCCUCUUGUCCAUCAUUAUUAAAUAUAUUUAACUGAACUGACCCUAGAAUUAAACCAUGAGAACACCACUGCUGAGCAGUCACCAGGUAGAUGUAGCCCAAGUAACAACACACCUUCGAGCCCUGCAAUUCAGGCAGUUCUUCAGCCACUGCACCAUGAACCUGAUCAUGUCACGGUUGGACACGGUGUCCAGAAGAUUGCUGGGAUAGUAUAAAAUACUUUAGUAAAAUCCAUAAAUACAAAAUCGACUGACCUCCCUGUAUGCAUGAGCCAGGUGACUUAGAAGGACAUAAAAUUGAUUUAAAGAGACUUUCCCUUAGUGAACUUGACUGUGUCUGACGAGUGCAUUAUUCUUUAUAUGACUUUCAAUAGUACUGGACAGCUGGAAUACCUCUGGCCAGCUUCCCUUCAGGAGGGACCUCUCAAAUCUCUUAAGGUCUUUAGUAGAUGAUUUAGAGGGAUCCUGCUGUAACAUCUGCAAGCUCCUUCAGUACUCUGUGACGGACCCUGUGAGGCCAAAUGGAACGAACCACAGGUCUGCAAUCUACCUGCAAUGCCUGACCUUGCUUCCAGAGAUGAUAGAAUUUAUUUCCCCCCUUGAGCUCCUUAAGGAGUUCUCUAUAGGGCCCAUAUGGACUUCUGCCCCUCUUGCUUGGCUUUUGUCCCAGUGGCAUUGCCUGCUCAUAGAUUUUAGGUGUAGAGAGUUGUGAAAACACGUUCAUUGUCUUUGGGUGGAGAGUGAAGAAGCACCAGGAAUUGCUUCAAAGGACUUUGUCUGAAGGUAGCAUGGAGAUGAACUUGGAAAAUGGCCAUUGAAUAAUUGUAAUUGUUGUUCUGAAUUGAGAGGCUUCUUGAUGACAGUGGAAAGCUGUCCCACUAUGAUUUUCUGGGUUUGUGUUAGAGCAUUUGCUUUCUCCUUUUUGCCCUUUCUCCUUCUACUCUGUGAACUGUGUUUAAGCAUUGUCUUGCCGAUUCCUGUUAAGAAGGACUGUCACCUCAUCUAUAAUAAGGGAAUGUUUGGGAACCCUUCUACAGUGUUGUGCUGCAGUUAUGAACUGUACUGUUGGAAACUGAGACAGCUUUGUGUGUAAAAGUGAAAUAAAGAGAACACGUGAAUGUCUUGUGUGGAGAUGGCAGUCUUUGUGGAGAUGUUCAUUUUGAGAAAGCUCUCUGAAUUUUUUUCAGAAAGCUGGGAUGUUUUUUCUCCUGUUGUCCCUUGGCUGAUAUA